AUGUCCUUUACAGGUGCAUUUCCACCUCAUCUGGAGGCAGCGCGAAACCGCUUGCCUACUCUAUUCGAAGUGCUGAGUCGGCGCACACUUGCUCCCGUGGACCUCUUCUCGUUUUACAUUUACAUGAGAGAUCAGCAGCGAUCGGUCGAUUACCUUGACUUUUGGCUUGAUGUCUCCCAACACAUGUCUCUUUGCCGUCACUAUGUUCGAGAGCUUCGAAGAUCCGUCCUGAUUGAAACACCCGAUCCCGAAAAGACUGGAAGCAAGCGAUCGUCUGCAAUUCUCGAGAGCUUCGGCGACAUGGGCGAGGCUGGUCCAUCCAUGCAUGCUGGGGGUGAUGAGAAGAACCAGGAUCAGCGCCUUUCUGCGUUUUUGAGAUCUGAGACUGGCACUGGCCAUUCUCCUCAGUCGAGUGUCGGUUCGCAUCCUCAAGAGUCCAAGUCCUCGGAGCGCCCCCAACUUUCGAGCUUUAUGAGCACACCGGAACACCUUACCGACUCCAACUCGCCCUCUCAUACUGUUGCACGUGCCGAUAUCCGUGCCUCUGCUGAAAAGAUUCUGUACACCUAUCUGCUUCCUGGCGCCGAGAGGGAGAUUGUCUUGCCGCAGGGCAUCGUCACCGACGUUACCAACAAUAUCGAAGAAUAUGGACGAGACGAUCCCGAAGUCUUUGACGCCGCCAAGGACUAUACGUUCCAGGCCAUGGAGAGAGAUGCGUUCCCUGGCUUCCUUCGCUCCAAAGCUCUCGGAAACCUUGUCCCGCCGAGCUUGAUGCUCCGCUUAAUCUUUGGGCUCUUGAGCUUGUUUGGUGCCUUCUGGACUGCCUUUGCGCUCAUCUUCCUCAACUACUCCCGCCACACACGUUGCUGGCUCAUUCUCCCGUUCACCGUUGGCGUCUAUGCCCUGGCUUCUCAACAAUACGCGCUGGAUCCAAUAAUGGCUCUGGCUGGUUACAGCGAGUACACAUUCAUGUCCUUUGCCCGCAUCCGUGAGCCCUUUGUCCGCCAGCUCCUGAAUAAGCGGGCGCUCAUGGUUCUCGGCGUGACCAUUCUCAUCGUCACCGCCCUUGUCAUCCUAUUCGUCUUUGUCCCUGGCAAACGACUCUAA